AUGGGUUUUGUGGGUGCACAUGCCCUGUGCACUUGUAUGGAGCCCAAAAAUUGACUUCUAAUGUUUUCCUCUAUUGAUUUGCAUCUUAAGACUUUUUUAAAAAAAUAGGUCUCUCACUACUAGAGCUCAGUGAUAGGCUAGAUUGACCAGUGAACUCCAGAGAUCCUCCUGUCUCUACCUAUCGUGCAGCGGUUAUGGACACCGUAGCCUUGCCUGAAUUUUAAUAUAAUUUUAAUAGACCAAACUCAGGUCUCCACACUAACACAGCAAGCACUUCACUCACUGAGACAUCUUCACAGCCUCCCAGUGUCUCUCUUAAUGCAUGUAGCUCUAACCACGGCAGUCCACACUGUUAUACGGCUAUUAGCCAAUGCAUUUCACCAUGCAGUCUUCUUUACGCAGUGGUUGACAACAAAUCAGUUCGUCUGAUUGGCAGAAUGUCCAUGAAGAAGAGGUGACUGAGCUAAAUAAUUCUUUGGCCCCUUUAAGAGUAAUAAUUAAUAAAAAUUCCAUCUCUGUUCCAAACCAAGACCUUAGCUCUCAGUUCAUCUCAAAGAUGCUCAGAGCUGAAUGAUCAGUGUGAGGAGUUUUGUAAUAAUAGGAGCGGUGGGGCUGCGUCCCCAGCACCCCAGCCACCAGACUAGCUUAUGCCCCGAAAUAACAACACACAAACUGUAUUCAUUUAAGCACUGCUUGGCCCAUUUCUAUCUAGCCUCUUCUAGGCUAACUCUCUCACCUGGACUAGCCCAUUUCUAAUUAUGUGUGUAAGCACCCCAAGGUGCGCUUUCCGGGAAGAUUCUAGCCUAUGUCCAUCCUGGGUCAGAGCUGCCUGAGAGAGCGGAGCCUGGCGUCUCUGCUCCAGAGAGCAGAGCUGUCAAGUCUGAGCUCACUUCCUCUUCCUCCCAGCAUCCUGUUCUGUUUACUCCUCCCACCUAUGUUUUAACCUAUCAGGGCAAGCAGUUUCUUUAUUUAAUUAACCAAUGACCUUCCUCCAUCAGAGGAGAAAACCAGCUCAUUGAACAUCAUCAAGACUUUCAGGCUUGUGUUUGGUGAUGGACAUGAAUGAACGGAAGAACAAUUGUACGAGCGCUCUGGAGGGGAAAUAAACAGAACACACACAGAUGCUGAGUCUGAGCACCUUUGAGGGAACCCGGUGUUAUCCCUCACAGAAGAGAUGGUAAUGCCAACACAGCUGUCAGCCCGGCAUUAGCCACCCCCAGAGUGAAAUGUGAUGUAAAUACUCAUGCUCUGGUGACAAGGACAACCCACCUGUGGAUUACACAAAGAUUCUGGGCUCGCUCGCUCUGGCUUGGAAGGAAAUGGAUUGAAAUGCCAUGAGGUUUGUGUCUAAGAAUGUAAAGUUAAGCAGGAUGUAUAUGGUUACUACCCACAUGCAUCACACACACCCACACAUACACACACACACACACACACACACACACACACACACUUUACUUUCUUUAGGUUGAGGGUCCUCCUUUGAGUGAGGUCAUUUAGCUCCUGGAAGAAACGCGCUCUGGUUGUUACCUGAAGACCUCCAGGCCACAAUAUCUGUGAUGUGGGUCUUCACAUCGACGGCAUCACUUGGAUCAAGUUCAUUUGACUCAGAAUUAAAGUGCAGUUGUGAUGUAAUCCAGCAAGGAGCUGCACAAACGGUAAUAAGAGUAAAGUACUGCUGACCUGCAUGGAUGACAGUGGACAAUGGUCACUGUUUGGGCCACUUUACAUACAGUAGCUCAUUAGACUCUCCCAGGAACUUGGGAAUUAUACCCUGAUUCCCUUAUCUUUCUCUUCGGUUUUCAAGGCAGGGUUUCUCUGUAUAGCCUUGGCUGUCCUGAAACUCACUUUGUAGACCAGGCUUGCCUCGAACCCACAGAGAUCUGCCUGCCUCUGUCUCCCUAGUGCUGGGAUUAAAGGUGUGUGCCACCACCACCUGGCUUGACUCCCUUAUCUUAAAGGUAAAUAAACAAAGACAUAGAAAGCCUAGAACAUAGACUUCCAGUUGUGAACAGUUGUGAACGUCAAUACCAGAGGGAAGGCAGGCUAGCUCUAGAGCCUGUCUCGAUCUGUGUACCUUGAGAUGUCAUUUCUCUCCCUUUGAUUUGUCCAAUACAUGAUGCCCAGUUUAAUUUGAAUGUUACAAGUACCACACAGAGCAAAACUAUCCUAAAAUGUUAAUCAUUGCUUCUUUAAAAUUCAGAUAUACCUGCUUUUGGGUUUCUUGUUCUUAUUUAACGUAUUGUCCAACCCUGCAAUACACACUAAGGAACCAGAGAGGAAAAUGAUUAGUUCAAACCUUAGCACAGUGGUGGUUGAUAUUGAUGUGAACCUGUCUAUGAGGGACUUUCUGAAUUAGAUUAAAUGAGGUGGGACGAUCCUUAAAUGUGGUGACCCUAUUCCAGAGACUGGCAUCUGAGACUGGCUAAAACAGAGACACGGGGCUACCCACCAGCUCUCUCUGCCUCGUGUCAUUGCAAUGUGACCAGAAAACUCAGCCCCUGAUACCAUGCCCUCCUGGCUUAGAGGACGGUACCUUCAAGUCAUGAGCCCAAAUGAGUCACCCCUUAUGCUAGUUGCUUUUGCCUGAUGUUUUGUCACUGUAUAACAUUGACCAAUACAGGAGAUACCAAAACCUGGACCAGGACGUCUAUUGUAGAACCAGGUCUAGUAUAUAGAUCUUUUACCUAGCCUAGAAAUUGUCCGGAAGUACAUCCACCUGGAUAUAAGCAUUGCUAAAUACUUUAAUAGUAUCCAUAGCUAGGCUGAACUUGUUCAAGGUUUGACAGGCUUUAGGUAAAAUAUGUAUGUCUCUGUUUUCUAAAGAGUGCCAAAAUGUUCUCUUCUAGUCUCAAUCCUUCCCGUCUCUCCUCUGCUGCUUCUUUAUUUUCUCUUCUUUCUUUUUUAGAGGCAUUUAAAAAAAUGAUUUAUUUAUUUGUUUUUGUUUUAUAUGCAUUGGUGUUUUGCCUCCAAGUGAGGGUGUCAGAUCCUGGAACUUGAGUUACAGACAGUUGUAAGCUGCCAUGUGGGUGCUGGGACUUGAACCUGGGUCCUUUGGAAGAACAAGCAGAGCUCUUGGCCAUGGAGCCAUCUCUUCAGCUCUUCCCUUCUUUCUUUAUGGUGUAUCUAUUCAUGAUCAGCCUACAGAUCAAUGCAAACCUCGACUGUACAUCACUGAUUACCAUUUCUGGAAAAGUCUCAAGAGGCGGUCCAGAGGAAGGGGCAGGGGAAUAAUGAGGUGGAGAGGAGGCUUCCUUAGGAUGACCGGAGCUGUCACUCAGGCCGUCUGAGCUGGGUUUGCAGUCUGAGGCUGCACACAGGAGAAAAUGUUCUUAGCAAGAGAGAACAGAGAGUUGUGGGAAGCACAUGACACCCAGGCCUUUCAUUUUGGAACAGUCCUUGUCACACUAAGAGGGGAUAGAUAGGACACAUAUGCAGAGACUGUUAUCCUUUCUGAAAGCUCCAGGGUUACAAGCCACAAGCAAAAGAAUACCUGGCAAUUCAAAUUAGAAAAGUCUUCCUGGAAAUGGAGAAAAAGAGGAAGCAGGUAGCUCCACCUCCCCUAGCUAUGCGAAUACUACAUCGAAGUAUUAGCUUAGUCACGCUUGACAACUUAACAAUAUAAAACUGAAAUAAAAUAAAACAAAAGAAAAUAUCCAAGGUUUGGUUAUAUCCAGUGGUGUGGAUAUACAUACCCAUAAUCUCAGAAAUUCAGAAGUAGAGGCAGGAGGAUGAGGUGUUCACGCUCACCCAUUGCUGCACAGUGAGUUUGCAGCAGGCCUGUGCUACAUGGGACCUUGACUCAAAAAACAAUGUGCUUAUUAGUUUAAAUUGUCACCCUAACGUAACUUAGAGUCAUCUGGGUGGAAAGCCUUGCUUGAGAAACUGUCUGCAUUGGGUUGGCCAGUAGGGAGUGUGCUGAAGAUUGUCUUGAGUGUUAGGUGAGGGGGUGAACUCACCAUGAAUGUAGGCUUUCUUUCUCCAUGGCUUUGUCAGGGCAUUUUAUCAUAGUAGUGGAAGAGAAACUAGAAUACACACAUGCACACGUGCACACAUAUACACACGCAGAGAGUCACACAGACACAUGCAGAGACACACACAGACAUGUGCAGGUGCGUGCACAUGUACACAGACAGACAGACACACACACAGACAGACAGAGACAGAGAGACAGAGAAUAUCCAAAGUACAACUCAGGAAAGAAUAUGGUUAUUCUGUGUGUGCAUGUACAUAUAUUCAUGUAUAAAAUAAAAUACUCAUUAAUCCAAUCAUUGUGGCUGAUACCGUGUGUCUGCCCUGAAUAAAUGCAGUCAUUUUCUCAUCAUUAUUUCCCAAGCAAUACAACAUAACAUCUGUUUCCAUAGCACUGGCAUCACACUGUGUUCAGGUGAUCCACAGAUGACCUCGGAACCUGUGGGAAGAUGUGUCUCAGUCAUUGUCAGAUACUCUGCCCUUUAGGAUGCUAUGAUCCUUUAACACAGUUCCUCAUGUCAUGGUGACCUCCCAACCAUAAAAUUAUUUCCAUUGCUACUUCCUAACUGUAACUUUGCUACUGGUGUGAACUGUAGUUUGUAAUUAUCUGAUAUGUAGAAUAUCUGUUAUGCAACUUUGACCCCCAAAGGUGUCAUGACCCAUAGGUUAAGAACCAUAAUUCUCCCAGUCUGUAUGAGGGAUUUGUGCAGAUGUUGAUAUGUUCAGUGUCCCUGGACCAGUCCCCAAAUUCUGACACAGAAAGACAAGCGUGUGUGUGUUGUACUGUGUUACUGCAGGCUGGAAAAACUUUUUUGAAAUGUUCUUCUUCACAGACAAAUACCCCUUAGCUUAGCUUUGGACAACAGUGAAUGCAUACAGUAACAGACGCACUUCAGAGCAGAUAAGCCAAGACCUAAAAGAAUGAUUGAGGCACAGGCUUCCACCUGCCGACUCACCCAGCUCAAGAUCUAAGAGGAGUCUCUGGCAAGCAGGAAGGAGGGCGGGAUAUGAGAGGACCAUUCCUUCAUCCUAGAGGGCAAGUGAUACAGAUGCCAUAUGGGCGCAACACUCCAUUAGCAGGCCCCAGAAAGCCCUUGAAAACCAGCCAUGGGUAUGGUAGUCCUCCCCCAUCCCUGAUGCUUUUCUCUUUAGGUCUGAGAGCAGCAUCCGGUGGGGAUGACAGUGUGCACAUGAAGGUUACGUUCCUCAAGGAGCAAGUGUACAGCCUCCUGAGAGACCAGACUCGGGGUGUCUAUGUUCGGUUUAGAGCGGGGAGAAGGCGCUACUGGAAAUGAGAGUUGGAUUGCUGUGGCUCAUUGCUCUUUUCCCGGUGACUGAGGGCACCAAAGACUUCCUGCAGAAAAACCAUGACAACCAAACCAAAGGAGAUGUCGGUGUGGUUGAGAAAAGAGAUCCAGCCCAGGAGUAUGAGAUCCUGCUUCAGAUGACAUACAGGAAUCCUGGGGAGAAGAAAGAAUUGAAAAGAUUUCUGAAGCAUUUGAAAUCUCCGUCACAGUGCUUACAGGGGCCCAGCAAGAUCGUCAAAGUGAAGGCCACCACAUACUGCAGAAACCUGAAGGGGUUCCCGGAGUGUGCCUGUGAAGACAGCUAUAUGUGGUUUCCUCCCUCCUGUCUUGACCCCCAGAACUGCUACCUUCAUACAACUGGACCCCUCCCAAGCUGUAAUUGCCAUCUUAAAGACCUCAGCCGGAGUGUCAACUUCUGUGAGAGAGCAAAGGUUUGGGGCACUUUUAAAAUUAAUGGAGCUUUUAUCAAAGACCUUUGGAAUUCCUCUUCUGCUGUAUACGCCAACUACAGAACUGAAAUUGAAAAGCAACUUGAAGAAGCAUACAGAGGAAUCCAUGGUUUUGAGUCAGUUCAGGUCAUGCAAUUUCGAGAGGGAAGCAUCGUUGUGGGCUAUGAAGUAACUGGCUCCAGUAGCACAGCUGAGCUCCUGUCUGCCCUGGAGCAGGUGGCAGAAGAGGCACUGGUGGCCCUGAAAAGGCGGUUCUCUGUUGAAGACGGCUCCUUUCGACUGCUCGGGAAAGCCCCGUGUAACAGCGUCUCCUUUGGAUUCGGGUCUGAGGAUGAUGAAUAUACUCUACCCUGUAGCAGUGGCUUCCUGGGAAACAUCACCAUCAGGUGCCAGCACUCUGGGUGGCAGGUCACCAAGGAGUACUGCGUGCUCUCUCAGCUGGCGGAACUGAAGAAGAAUUUCAGUAUGUUGUCAAGCAAUGUCACAGAGGCAGACGUGUCAUCUUUGGUACAAAACCUUUCUGCCAUUGUUCAGCAAAGCCCGUCCACCACGGCUGGGACUCUGUCUUCUGUGGUGUCGCUCCUGAGGGGCGUGUCAUCCCUGUCGCUGAAGAACUCUUUAAGGGUGUCUAAUUUGACCCUGCAGAAUGUCAUCAACAUAGCCAAUCACAUCCUGGAUUCAGCCUCCAUAGCUAACUGGACAAUUUUAUCCCAAGAAGACAGGAGUACCAGCUCCCAGCUGCUGGAGGCUCUGGAGAUCACCAGCAUUCUGGUACCUUCCAGUAAUCUGCCUCUUCAUUUUUCUCAAACAUUCAUCGACUGGAAAGGGAUUCCAGUUACCCAGAUCCAAAGCACACAGGGUUACAACUACCAGAUUGAUAUGAGACAGCAAAACGCCUCUCAGCCCAUCCAGGGUCACGUGCUUAUCAAACCAGAGCAAUUCCAGAAACCCCAGCCAAAGACUAUUAUCAGCAUGACCUCAUUGACCUUUGGGAGCAUUCUACCCACCACCCACAGCGGAAGUGCACAGAUCAACGGGCCUGUGAUAUCCACUCUGAUCCAAAACUAUUCCAUCAAUGAAAUUUUCCUGAACCUUUCCAAGAUAAAGGGAAACCUGAGCCAACCUCAUUGUGUGUUUUGGGAUUUUAGUCACUUGCAAUGGGGCGAUGCAGGCUGCCAGCUAGUUAACGAAAGUGCAGACACAGUCCUGUGCCGAUGUACUCACCUGACGGCCUUCUCCAUGCUGAUGUCUCCCCUUGUCCCCUCCUCGGUUGUCCCUGUGGUGAAAUGGAUCACUUACAUAGGGUUGGGCAUCUCCAUUGCAAGCCUACUCUUAUGCCUGAUCAUCGAGUUUCUGUUUUGGAAGCAAACCAAGAAAAGCCAAACCUCAUACACACGUCAUGUUUGCCUGGUGAACACCGCCCUGUCUCUCUUAAUUGCUGAUGUCUGGUUUAUCGUUGCUGCCAUUGUCGACCCCACCGCCAGCGCUUCUGGUGUCUGUGUAGCCGCAGUGUUCCUCACCCACUUCUUCUACCUCGCUUUGUUCUUCUGGAUGCUCGCGCUCGGCAUCCUGCUGGCUUACCGCAUCGUGUUCGUGUUCCAUCACGUGGCUAUGCCCACCAUGAUGGCUAUAGGGUUCUGCCUGGGCUAUGGGUGCCCUCUCCUUAUAUCCAUCAUCACCAUUGCAGUCACCCAGCCUAGCAACAGCUACCGAAGGAACAACGUGUGUUGGCUUAACUGGUCGGACGAGAGCAAACCUCUCUUGGCGUUCGUUGUUCCUGCAUUGACUAUUGUGGCUGUGAACUUGACUGUGGUGCUGCUGGUCCUUAGGAAACUCUGGAGGCCAGCAGUUGGAGACAGACUGAGUCGGGACGACAAGGUCAUCGCCAUCCGCAUGGGAAAGAGCCUCCUCGUUCUGACCCCACUGCUAGGGCUCACCUGGGGCUUCGGGAUAGGAACGAUGGUGGACAGCCAGAACCUGGCUUGGCACGUUCUUUUUGCUUUACUCAAUGCUUUCCAGGGAUUUUUCAUCUUCUGUUUUGGAAUUCUCUUGGAUAAUAAGCUGCGGCAACUUCUGUCGGACAAGUUGACUCCAUUAAGUUCCUGGAAGCAAACAUCAAAGCAAAACUCCUCGGAUAUAGUUACCAAGUCCAAAUGCUUAAAGCCAUUCAGCAUAUUGCAACACAAAGGCACGUAUGCCCUUUCUCACACUGGAGAUUCGUCCAACGAGAUCACAUUAACCCAGUUUUUAUCAACGGAAUAAAGAUAGGAGUUG